CGUUUAAUUAUAUUUAUGCAGUCUUGAGCCCUAAAAAGCCAGCUACCUUUAUAAUAGACUAUAAUUCCUUUUGGCAAACAACUAACAGUGUUCCCACUGUGGGAAACCAACAUUCUAUUGUGAACAAUGACUGGUCUGUAAGGUGAGGUUCUGUGAAAACAAUGUAGCAACCCUUUGCAAACAACAAUGCAGUAAAUAUAAAAAGGUCAUUGUCAUUUUUCAGAACACACGUGGUCCGGGGGAUUAGUUAGAUAUAUAUAUUUAUUGCUACUGGUUCUAUCUUAUUGUCCAUUUCACUGCUCUACCAGUCUGCAGCCAUCAGGCAUCCUAAUCAGCUGCCACUGAGAUGUCCAACAGAGAUGACCAGCUGGUGCUGUGGCUGGCGCUUUCAUCAGUCCUUGUCGUUAUGGCAACAUUGACAGAAUCUUUCGAAGGUAAAGACAUUAGGAGUGAAAGGAAAGGAAGAGUCAAACAUAAAUACACGGGGAGCUCGAUGGAGGAGGACUAUGAGAAGAGCAUUAAUGACAUGGUGAUGCAGCUGCAGAACAACUCGGCUCUGUCUUGCAGCAAGUGCGAGAUUGAUCUGCGGCUGUGGAUGUCCAACAGGAGAAGCCUGUCUCCCUGGUCCUACAGAGUAAAUCGCGAUGAGACACGAAUCCCAACAGACAUACCUGAAGCCCACUGCCUCUGCUCCGGAUGCAUUAACCCCUUCACAAUGCAAGAAGAUCGGACGAUGACAAGCGUUCCAAUCUACACAAAAAUCCCUGUGAAAAGACAGUUCUGCGAUGGUCCAAAACAAAGGAGGAGAAAGAAGAAAUGCAACCGGAAAUACAGAACUGCCAUGGAGAACAUAGCGAUUGGCUGUACAUGCAUCUUUUAAAUGAGUAAUGCACCCUUGCUUGAAAAAAAAAAAAAAAAAAACCCUAAUAUUCAUGUGAUCUCUAUUAUCUGAUUAAAUUAAUGUACUCCUCUCAAAGGCUGAAUUGUAAAGCUGAAUGUUUUAAAUGUGUUUAAACAAUUCCCUAAUUCGAUGGUAGCACUGCAGUUUACGUUGUGGUUCUAUGCAAGUAUUUUAAUGGCAUAAUGGCGCCAACAGAUUCAAUUCAGGGCGUUUCCAGAUUGU